AUGGCCCGCCUCGCCGACUACCUCGUCGCCCUGCUCGCCGGCUACGCCUGCCUCACGCUUCUCCUGUUCGCGGCCUCGCGCGCCGUCCCCCGCGCCGGCUUCGCCGCCCGCGCCCUCGCCGCCUACGCCUCCCUCGUCGCCUGCGCCCUCUUCGGCGUCGUCGCCUCCGCGGCCCUCACCCUCGCCGGCCGCCAGGGCAUCGCGCAGUGGGCCACCGCCCGCGCCUUCCGCCACGUCAUGGCCCUGGCCACCGGCGUCGUCUUCGACGUCGACGACCCGGCCGACGCGCUCGGCUCCGUCCGCCCGGCCGUCUUUGUCGGCAACCACCAGUCCGAGCUGGACGUGCUGAUGCUGGCCGCCCUCUUCCCCAAGUGGUGCAGCGUCACCGCCAAGUCGGACCUCAAGCACGUCCCCGUCCUGGGCUGGUUCAUGCGCCUCAGCGGCGCCAUCUUCAUCGACCGCCGCAACUCGCGCGACGCCCGCCACGCCAUGGCCGGCGCCGCCCGCGAGAUCCUCACCAAGCGCCAGAGCGUCUACAUGUUCCCCGAGGGCACGCGCAGCUACGCCCGCGAGCCGGGCCUGCUGCCCUUCAAGAAGGGCGCCUUCCACCUCGCCGUCCAGGCCGGCGUGCCCAUUGUGCCCUGCGUCGUGGCAAACUACAGCCACGUCUUCCACCUCCAGAGCAUGGUGUUUCGGUCGGGGAGGAUCCCCGUCAAAGUGCUGGACCCCAUCCCCACAAAGGGCCUUUCCGCCGCCGACGUCGACGAGCUCACCCGCACCACCCGCGAGCUCAUGCUCAAGGAGCUCUUGUCCCUGACCGAAUCGGCUCAGGGACGUCCCGUUGCCGACGAGCCCUCGGGAAGCAGCUCCUCUGUCGACACCAAAUCCCUCUGA